GGUAUGGUAAUUUUCAGAGGUGUUUUCUGUUCUUAUCUGAAGUUAUUAAUGCAUCUGUUGUUCUAUUAUUAUCAGAUCCUAGGACUCAGUUUCUGUGCAGAUACACGCGUUGGAGAUACAUCAAGACCAGGAAUAUCAGGUGGCCAAAAGAGACGAUUAACUACAGGUAACUUAAGCAUUCACAUGCACAUUGGUUCUAAUAUCUUUCAAGACAAACUUCAUAUUUGGUAUGUAUAUAUUAUCUACUGCAGGUGAGAUGAUCGUAGGUCCAAUCAAAACUCUGUUCAUGGAUGAAAUAUCAAAUGGUUUGGACAGCUCAACAACGUUCCAGAUUGUAUCUUGUCUCCAACAUUAUGCACUUCUGUCUGAAGGAACCAUAGUGGUUUCACUGCUUCAGCCUGCACCAGAAACGUUUGACCUUUUCGACGAUGUGAUUCUUAUGGGAGAAGGAAAGAUAAUCUACAUUGGUCCAAGGGAUUAUAUUUGUAGAUUCUUUGAGGAUUGUGGAUUUAAAUGUCCAACUAGAAAAUCUGUUGCUGAAUUUCUUCAGGAGGUUAUCUCAAGGAAAGAUCAAGAACAGUAUUGGUGUCAUAUAGACAAACCAUAUUCUUAUGUAUCCAUUGACUCAUUUAUUGAGAGGUUCAAAAAGUCUGAGCUUGGGUUACAACAACAAGAGGAACUCUCCAAGACACCUGACAAGUCUCAGGCUCAGAAAGAUGCUUUAUGCUCAAGAAAAUACUCACUUAGCAACUGGGAGAUGUUAAAAGCUUGCUCAAGGAGAGAGUUUCUUCUGAUGAAACGAAACUCUUUUGUUUAUGUAUUCAAGUCUGGACUCUUGAUUUGCAUUGGAUCUAUUACAAUGACCGUUUAUCUAAGGACUGGGUCUAAAAGAGAUCUAGUGCAUGCUAAUUAUCUAAUGGGUUCUUUGUUCUUUUCAAUCUUUAAAAUGCUUGCUGAUGGAAUUCCAGAACUCACACUAACAAUCUCAAGGUUGUCAGUGUUCUACAAGCAGAAAGAGUUGUACUUGUAUCCUGCUUGGGCUUAUGCAGUUCCUUCAGCUAUUUUAAAGAUACCCAUUUCAGUUCUUGAAGCGUUUAUGUGGACGUCGUUGACAUAUUAUGUCAUUGGUUAUAGUCCUGAUAUUGUCAGGUUCUUUCGCCAGUUCUUGAUCUUCUUUGCUUUACACCUUUCAUGCAUAUCAAUGUUCCGUGCUAUAGCUGCCACUUUUCGAGAUUUUGUUCUUGCCACAACAAUGGGAUCAGUCUCUAUAGUGCUUCUCUCAUUAUUUGGAGGAUUCGUCCUUCGAAAACCGUCCAUGCCUGCUUGGCUUCAGUGGGGUUUCUGGUUGUCUCCAUUGUCAUAUGCUGAGAUUGGUCUAACCUCAAAUGAAUUUUUCUCUACACGGUGGAGUCAGACAACAUCUGGAAACAGAACGUUAGGGGAAGAAGUUCUUGAUGCUCGAGGGCUGAACUUUGGUGAUCAAUCUUACUGGGGUGCAUUUGGUGCUUUAAUUGGCUUCACAUUCUUCUUCAAUGUUGUUUUUGUACUGGCUUUGACAUUUCUAACGACUUCAAAUAGGUCUCGUGCGAUUGUGUCUAGUGAUGAUGAUAACGCUCAAAGUUCAGGAAACCAUACUAAGUCAAGUUCUAAAAUUGCUACCCAGUCCAAAAAUGCAUUACCUUUCAAACCCCUAACUUUCACAUUUCAAGACGUCCGUUAUUUCGUCCAGACUCCUCAGGGCAAGAAGGUGCAGCUUCUCUCUAACGUUACAGGCGCAUUCAAGCCCGGUGUUCUCACUGCUCUAAUGGGUGUGAGUGGUGCUGGUAAAACGACUCUGAUGGAUGUUCUUUCUGGAAGGAAAAGCCGCGGUGACAUUGAAGGAGAGAUCCAAGUAGGUGGUUACCGUAAGGUUCAAGAAACAUUUGCAAGGGUUUCAGGUUACUGUGAGCAGUUUGAUAUUCACUCUCCCAAUUUAACCAUAGAGGAGUCCUUGGAAUACUCUGCUUGGCUUCGACUUCCUUCUAGCAUCAACUCUGAAACAAAAAGGGCAAUAGUCAGAGAAGUUCUUGAGACGAUAGAGCUGGAGGAGAUUAAAGAUUCCCUAGUAGGACUUCCGGGAGUUAGCGGGUUAACAACAGAACAACGCAAGAGACUGACAAUAGCUGUGGAGCUUGUUGCCAAUCCUUCAAUCAUAUUCAUGGAUGAACCAACCACUGGAUUAGAUGCAAGAGCUGCUGCAAUUGUAAUGAGAGCUGUGAAGAAUAUCACAGAGACUGGUAGAACUGUUGUUUGCACCAUUCACCAACCGGGAACAGAUAUCUUUGAAGCUUUUGAUGAGCUGGUUUUGAUGAAAAAUGGAGGAAAGAUUAUCUAUCAUGGACCUCUUGGACAACAUUCAAGCAAUGUUAUUGAAUACUUUAUGAGGAUUCCUGGAGUUCCGAAAAUGAAAGAGAACACUAAUCCAGCCACUUGGUUACUAGACAUUACUUCAAGAUCAUCAGAAGACAAAACUGGUGUUGAUUUGGCCCAAAUCUACAAGGAAUCUUCUUUGUUUAAGGAGAACAACAUAGUAAUAGAGCAAAUGAGAGGUACAUCUUCAGGAACAGAAGAACUAACCUCCUUGACGCGAUAUGCUCAAACAGGUUGGGGACAGUUCAAGGCAUGCCUAUGGAAACAACACCUCUCUUAUUGGAGAAACCCUUCCUACAAUCUCACUCGCAUCCUCUUCAUGUGUCUUACCUCUUUGAUCUGUGGCGUUCUGUUCUGGCAAAAGGCUAAUAAAAUAAACACUCAACAAGAUCUUUUCAAUGUAUUGGGCUCAAUGUACACGGUGGUUCUUUUCACUGGAAUAAACAAUUGCUCUACAGUGUUAUUCUGCAUUGCAACCGAAAGAAAUGUCUUCUACCGCGAAAGAUUUGCUCAAAUGUACAACUCAUGGGCGUACUCCCUUGCACAGGUGUUGGUUGAGAUUCCAUACUCAUUAGUCCAGUCUAUUUUAUGUAUGGCAAUCUUAUAUCCUAUGGUUGGCUAUCACUUCUCUGUGUACAAAGUGUUUUGGAGCUUCUAUGCAGUCUUCUGCUCGUUGCUCAUAUUCAACUACUUUGGCAUGCUUUUAGUCGUCAUCACUCCAAACAUUCACGUUGCUUUUACUCUCCGUUCGGGCUUCUACUCAAUGGUUAAUCUCUUCGCUGGUUAUGUCAUGCCAAAACCUAGCAUUCCGAAAUGGUGGAUUUGGAUGUAUUACUUGAGUCCCACGUCAUGGGUUUUGAAUGGAUUGCUCACAUCUCAGUAUGGAGAUAUGGAGAAAGAGAUAGUAGCAUUUGGAGAGACGAAGAAGGUUUCAGAUUUCGUGGAAGAUUAUUUUGGUUUCAGAUAUGAUUCUUUGGCUCUUGUAGCUAUCAUUCUCAUUGCCUUUCCCAUUCUCUUGGCUUCUCUUUUCGCAUUCUUCAUAGAUAAACUCAAUUUCCAAAAGAAGUGACGAUUCUUAUAAUCCUGCUUCACAGGGUCAGUAUGAAAAUAUUUUUUUUGGUAUUUAGCAAAUAAAUAAAUUAAGCUUUCUAGAUCUA